AGAGGUGAAUAUAUCUUUUCAUAGAGGGAGGAGAGAGAUAACCUCAUAGGAGAGCCAGGAUAGAACAUAGGAGUACGGAUAGCCCCAAAAUCCAUACCUUUAGUAUUGGAGUAAUCGAUCUUUGGUCGCAACCCUCGUGAGUCAUGCCUAGGAAAGAACCAUGGACAAAUAUUGAUCUAGAGUGGGUUCAUCUGAAUGGGUAUAUGGUGACUACUUUAUCUUCCUCAAAAUUUAGCGGGUAAACUUCUGGCUCUGGAUAUGGCGGAAUAGUCUGCCAUAGUCUACUCUUUGCUAUAUUCCUCAAAUAGUAAAAGAGAGAGAGAGAAAGAAAGAAAGAAAUGUCUGCUAUUUUUGUGUCUAAAUUUAUGAGCCACAACCUCUCACCAUUGCUGCCCACCUCAAUUCCUUCAGAUGCCCUCAAGUUUACAACUUUUCGCCCUUUCCAUUUCAGCAAAUUCCCAGCGUUUCCUCAAACCCUAGCUCCUUCGAGAAGGAAAUUCCAGGUUUUCUCAAAAUCCUCCGAAACAGAGCUCUCAGAUACAGAAAAAGAAUGGCUUAAGAAGCUUCCAGAGAAGAAUAAACCCUUGUACUCUCACAGUCUUCCCUGCAUAGAAUCUUGGCUGAAGAAUUUAGGAUUUUAUCAAAGCAGAGAAGAUCGAGCUGUUUGGUUUAUGGAAAAGCCUGAUUGGCACGCUCAGUUAUCUCUUGAUGUCACCGAUCUUUACAUAAGGUACCUGAAGAGUGGACCUGGAAAUCUAGAGAAGGAUGUGGAGAGGAGAUUUAGUUAUGCACUUAGUAGAGAAGACAUCGAGAAUGCAAUACUUGGAGGACCAUAACAAAUUUCUGCAUAUGAUUUCACUUGCUCUAGAAACUGUGACUUGGUCUAAUCCAUGAUGUGUAGUAUUCAAAUGUAUUUUCUGUCCUCAUUGGUAGAGAUAGAAGUUUUUAUUUGUUCAGUAUCUAUUAAUCAGGCAUCAAUCCCUUGUUUGUCACACUAUUCAUUAUACAUUUCAAAGAAAAGAGAUAAAUAUGAGGCAGAUGGGAUCUUGGGUUCCGAAA